AUGAACGGACGUCAGAAAAAUGUGAAAACCAAAAUGGCUGUCAACGGACUCGAUAGGGACAAAGCAUGCCUUGGCCUUUCUGCCAAUUAUGGAGGUUUUGAAAUUAAUAUUGGGCCCACAGACACAAUUUUUGGAAAGAAAUUAGAAUUAUGUGCAAAUGAGUGCCGAUUGGCCAAUUGUCCCCAAUGUCGCACAAUUUUGAUACUCGAGGAAUUAGAAAAAAUUUUCGAUAGUAAAAAGCUUCCUUAUCUUGAAUAUCUAUACGUUAACAUGGAUCACAAUAGAUUUGUUCCAAUGUCUGCAAUUCUCAAAAUUCCAGAGAUGGUCGCUCUAAAAGCAAAUGANUAA